GUUCCCUCAUUUCUAGAGAAGCUUCUACUGAACUGGUGGAGAGAAACAAUCAUCGCAGCCGUUCCGAAUGUACUGGUGGUGUUCUAUCAUCAUAAUGAACCGGUUCGUCAAGAACCAAUGUUUUGCGUCUGUGACCCAAAGCAGAAUGGAAUGGACGGAAGUACCAGAUUUUGCUAUUGUGAUUUGUAUGCCUUGACCCACCAACCAAUGACCAUGUUUUGACAUUUUUAAUUUAUCACAUUUUUGUAUGUGUGCUGAUGUUUCAAUCGUUUCAUGUAAGCGAGAUAG